CAGCCGUUCAAAAUGGCGCCAAAAGCAAAUGCAAAGGUUGCGUCGUCUACUACUCGGAAGACCAAGAAAUCCAAGGACCCGAACGCAAUCAAGAAGCCUCUCUCUGCAUACAUGUACUUCAGCCAAGCGCAGCGCGAACAGGUCAAGCUCGAGAACCCAGAGGCUGGCUUUGGUGACGUGGGGCGUCUUCUCGGUGCAAAGUGGAAGCAGAUGACCGACGACCAGAAGAGGCCAUAUGUUGCGCAAGCCGAUGCGGACAAGGCGCGUCACGAGAGGGAGAAGGCAGCACGUGCCUAA